GGUAAUGGGUUCAGGAAAGUCGUGAGUGUUAAAGUAGUCUAGAGAAGAGGAAGAGGGUGAGGUGGAAGAUGGAGGAUUUCCCCAUCGGGACAAUGGAGAUGGUGUGUUUGGGUUCAAGUGUAGCUCUCUCUGGUCUGUUUUAUUACAUCUACAGGAAGAAACGCAAAACCGUGGACAAACUUAAAGAAGCUCCAAUUUUGCCGCUGGAUGAAAAGUUAGCAGAUCUUUUGAAUGCCGCACCAGGGAAAUGUCUGCAGUAUGUGGUCAUUGAGGGUACAGUGCAGCCCAUAGGGGAACCAUUAAGGAGUCAGUUUCAAGAAGGCACUGUUGGUGUCAUCCAGAAACUGGUCCUCCAAGAACACAAACUUGUGUGGAACAGUUUUGCACACACUUGGACAGACAGCAAGCGUGUGCUUCACCAGCGUGUGAAUGCUGUGCCCUUCCUGCUGGGUGUGAACAAGGCGUUUGUGCGUGUGCUCUGUCCCCUGGAGGCCACGGGUCCCAAUAUGGAAAUCGUCCAUGAGAAGUUCCACCAGGCCAGUUACGGCUUCACGGACCUGAUCGGUCAGUACCUGAGCGGAGAGAAGCCCAAAGGUCAACUUGAAACAGAGGAGAUGCUGAAAGUGGGCGCGUCUUUGACCGCAGUGGGUGAGCUCAUCCUGGACACAGACCGCCUCCCAAAAAUCCGCCCACCCACCGACGGCUCAGAGUACUUCCUGAGCACAGACGACUUUGAGACCCUGCGGCUGGAGCAGGAAGAGCAGGCGGAGGUGUGGAGGGUGCUGGCGUGUGUUUGCGCAUUGGCAGGUGUGGCCGUGCUGAUGUGGGUGGGACGCAGUUACUAUCGCCAGCUGAAGCUGUGGUGGGAGCAGGAGAACAUGAGGAGGGAGUUUGAACUGAUGGGCGCAGGAGAACGAGGAGAGGAGGAGAAUGGUGUUGACGUACUGGAGAACUCGUGUGUGAUAUGUCUGAGUAAACCACGAGGCUGCGUGCUGCUGGACUGUGGACACGUGUGCUGCUGUUUCCGCUGCUAUCAGGCCUUGCCACAACCCAUCUGUCCCAUCUGCAGGCAGAACAUUAAACGUGUCAUUCCUUUGUAUCAGGCCUAAGAGACAUGGUUUACUCUUAUACAAAUGAACAGUUAUGCUGGAUUUACAUGAUUUACUUCUCGAAACAGCCGUAAACUUUAAAACAAUGUUAUUCUGUGAACAGGACACCUGCGAUAGAAGCAACACACAGAUUCCUGAUACGCACUUUAGUUUUACCAUUUUAGUUUUCCAUAUUCCUAUGGAAGCUUAUUUCUUCCACAGAAUAAAAAAUCAGUAAUAUCAAUAAA